CCGAGUGCUUUUAUUCGACAUUUUGGUUUUGUGGGGAAAGAACCAAGUUCAAAUUCUAACUGGAUUUACUGUGUCAGCUCUGAUUCAAAGUGUCUUCACUUUGUGGUUAUUGUAAUAGUUGUUAAUUGUUACGAUUUCUCGCAACAUAUAAUUAUUUAUUGUAAUUGCUUGUGAAUAACAUGAAACUGGAUAGUAUUUUAAUGUGUUUUCGCGACGUUUAGCGUUGUGAGCAACCGGAGUAAAGGCGUUUUACAAUACACACACGAAGUGUUAGCAGGUUUCUGAAAAGAAGUGGAGAGUCCGACCGUGUCUGCAGGUGCAUGCAGUGUGGUGACACACUCGAGGCAUCAUGAGUUUUGGCAGCGAUGAGGUGAACUUCCUCGUGUACAGAUACCUCCAGGAGUCUGGCUUUGUCCAUUCGGCGUACACGUUCGGCAUUGAGUCCCACAUCAGUCAGUCGAACAUCAAUGGAGCCCUUGUGCCACCAGCAGCAUUGCUCAGUAUUAUCCAGAAAGGCCUGCAGUACACUGAAGCUGAGAUCAGCAUAGGAGAGGAUGGUUCAGAGAAGCCUAUAGAGUCCCUGUCGCUGAUAGACGCAGUGUUGCCUGACACGGUAGAACAGAGGAAGCAGUCCCAGUCGAAGGUGGCCCAGGUGAAAACAGAGCCCGUCAGCACCAAUGGAGAGGAGACCGCGCCCGCUGAUGGGGUGAACCACUCUGGAGACAGGAUGGAAGUGGAGGAGGGCCUGGAGAUUCCCAGCAGCAAGGCUACAGUGCUCAGAGGUCACGAGUCCGAGGUCUUCAUCUGUGCAUGGAAUCCUGUUAAUGAUCUCUUAGCCUCUGGUUCGGGUGACUCUACGGCCCGUAUCUGGAACAUGAACGAUACAACAGGCAGCGCCAACCAGCUCGUCCUUCGACACUGUAUACAGAAGGGGGGCACUGAAGUCCCUAGCAAUAAAGAUGUCACUUCUCUAGACUGGAAUGUUGAUGGCAAAUUUCUAGCAACAGGAUCGUAUGACGGUUAUGCUAGAUUAUGGAGCACGGACGGUCAACUUUUGAACACAUUAGGUCAACAUAAAGGUCCAAUAUUUGCGUUAAAGUGGAAUAAACAAGGAAAUUAUAUAUUAAGUGCUGGUGUCGAUAAGACUACAAUAAUCUGGGAUGCCACCACAGGUAGAUGCCAUCAACAGUUCUCUUUCCAUUCAGCACCUGCGUUGGAUGUAGACUGGCAGACUAACACGAGUUUUGCGUCCUGUUCCACCGACCAGUGCAUUCAGGUGUGCAGGCUAGGCUGUGACAGACCCAUCAAGACAUUCCAGGGGCACACGAAUGAAGUCAAUGCAAUAAAGUGGGAUCCGCAGGGUAAUUUGCUAGCAUCAUGCUCGGAUGACAUGACUUUAAAAAUAUGGAGCAUGAAGCAGGACCACUGCGUGCAUGACCUCCAGGCUCACAACAAGGAAAUCUACACGAUCAAGUGGAGCCCAACAGGGGCAGGCACUGACAAUCCCAAUGCACCCCUCAUACUUGCCAGCGCUUCAUUUGACUCGACGGUGCGCCUGUGGGAGGUUGAGCGAGGCACCUGUCUCCACACUCUGACCAAGCACCAGGAGCCUGUGUACAGCGUCGCUUUCAGUCCUGACGGCAAGUACCUCGCCAGCGGGUCCUUUGACAAGUGCGUGCACAUCUGGAAUGUCAACACGGGAUCACUCGUGCACAGUUACCGUGGCACUGGAGGCAUAUUCGAGGUGUGUUGGAAUCACCGCGGUGACAAAGUGGGGGCCAGUGCCUCUGAUGGAUCUGUGUUCGUGUUAGACCUUCGGAAGUGAGAGCUUCGCAUGUUUAGAUUCUUCAAUUCAAGAAACUUACAUUCAGGUUGACCAAAGAUUAAUUCAAGAAAACACAUAGUACCCAGAAGGCGCUGUUGGAUAUACACUCAUACACACGUUCCUGUACUUUUUGUCUGUAAUGGUAAAGUUGAAGUAAAGUUUUGUCAGUGAUAGCUGAAAAGUGAAAAAAGUGUGAGCCAUUAAUUGUUGCUUGUUGACAGAUUGAAGGCGAAAUUGGCCAUGGAAAUAGAUAAGCGCAGGUCAGAUCGUAACAGAAUGAAGCAGUCAGAAUUUGUGAAAAUGCUUUUAUGAGACCUGUUAGUUUUCACAGUUUUGCCUUUGCAGAUAGCGAAAUUGAAAUUAAACAUCAGAUUCGGUGUGGUCCAACAAGAUCAUGAAGAGGGAAUGUUGAUAUGAAAAUCAUGAAUAAGAUAGGGUACAGACGGAAUCUUAAUAUGAAAAUCAUCAAUAAGAUAGGGUACAGACGGAAUCUUAAUAUGAAAAUCAUGAAUAAGAUAGGGAACUGGAGUAUUAUGAGUUGUAUUACCUUACGUAAGGAAAAUGUAGGAUGCAUCUGUUGCUUGUAUACUGACCUUGUACAGCAGUGCUCCAGCUAGGUCUAAAUGUCCACUCAGGCCCCACCUAGGUGCCACUGUGGUGCCCUAAAAUGCCACUGUGCUGCCCCUAGGUGCCACCCUGCCGCCCCUAAGUGCUUCUGUGCCACCCCUAGGUGCAACUCAGCCGCUCCUAGGUGCCACUCUGCCCCCUUGGAUCUGCACCAUGCCCUAUUUUGAGUUGAUCACAUAAUUUACAGCAAAUUUUAUUAGAAGUAACUAUACAUCAUCUUAAUUAACACAGUGUAACUAGUGUUAUUCAUUUUAGGAAAACAAUGUUUCAAAAUAAAAUACAUGAAGUAAUAUAUAAGAGCCACAUAUUAUAAUAAAAUGUUCCACAUGGAUAAUAGAACUGUGUGCGAUAAAUAUCACACAGCCCUUUUUAAAUCCUAGCUGCAGUACUGCACAGUAUCAAAGGAAAUAUUUGAAUUGGUAAAAAAAUGGUAUGUAAAAUGGAUUGAAUUGUAUUUGAUGGCACAAAACAUAUUUGGUGUAAUAGAAAGAUUGUACUGUGUCUUGUGGUUAUUAGAAACGGAACUAUGUGAUGCCCUUUUUAAUCCUAGCUGGAGUACUGCACAGUAUCAAAGAUAAUGCUUUAAUUGGUUGAAACAAUUGUAUUUAAAAUGGACUGUAUUGUAUUUGAUGGUACGAAACAUUAUUGGUGUAAUAUAAAGCCCUGCGUAGUAUUGUACUGUGUAUUGUGGUAAUUAGAAACGGAACUAUGUGAUGUUAUAAACAAUUCUACCAAAUAUUGUGCUGUUAGUUAUUAAAAAUGAAACAUAUGUUAUAAACAAUUCUACCAAAUAUUGUGCUGUUAGUUAUUAAAAAUGAAACAUAUGUUAUAAACAAUUCUAUCAAAUAUUGUGACGUUAGGUAUUUGACAUGAAAAAUGUUGCUAUUUUGCAACAAAUAUACUCUGGUGCGUUUGACAUUUUCACUGGAGACUAGUUGACAUUUUUGUGUUACUUAUGUUGGCUGCGUCUCUCUGGUUUCAGUGUCGUUUCAAUAUAAAUGUACAUGAUCGAUCAUCAUUAUAUUCAUACUGUGUUUUAUUUUUUAAAUAAAUUGCUUACCAAAGUC